AUGUCGUCGACACCAUCCACACAGUCGGCUCUCCAGGCAUCAGCCCUUCUACUAAAGAAGCAAGAUACACACGAGUAUCGUCAGACGACGUACCACGAUGGAAGCAAUGUGCAGAUCGCGGAAUCUCGUCGUCGCCGCUGGGCGGAUUGGAAGGUUGAACCACCAGUCCAGGGAUACACCGACUUCGUCCUAUACCCCAAAGCAGAUGAAGACUCAUACCCACAAAGCAGCUUUGAACACGUCUCGUCACAACCUCACCCCGCACCUCGAAGGAAAGUCGCGGAACGCAGCUCAGAGCUACACGUGACUUCCGCCAAGCGUUCGUCCAAAGUUAGAUCAAAGUCGGUGAUCCUUCAUGCCGAAGCAAAGUCGAGCGAAGGACUGCCUUUGAAGACGAAAGCAGCUAUGAAUUCGUCCGCAGGCCCCACACCUCCUCCGACACCUAGGCUGAGUCGGCUGUCGACACCAGAAUUCGACGAUAUGGAUGAGGCGCCCUUUUGUGGCUGUGGUGUGGAAGCGCAUGUCGUUAAGCGUUGCACAAAGUGCAGGAAGGAGGUCGGUCUCUGGUGA